AUGAAAAAGACGAGAUCUUUACAACCAUGGUUACGUGGUGAUGGAAAACUAUAUGUUAAGUUUAAGUUGGAGCAACCAGAGUCUACCAAAGAAAAUGAUAACAAGAAGUGUGUAUUCAAUGAUGAGGAAAUUGAAAUAAUAAAUGAUAACCCAAGAGAUCACGUUUCGGCUGAUUAUGGCUUAAAUAUUUUGUUCGAAGUGAUUGAAAAUGAAAAUAAUUAUAUUAGUAGUAGUAGUAGUGGUAGUAGUAGUAGUAGUAUUAGUAAUAGUAAUAGUUCAGUUUCUAAAAUAAAUACAUACCACGUUAAUAGUGUUAAAUUCAAGUGUGAGCAUUGUUUAUAUUCUUAUAAAUCUAUUUGUAGAAGUAAGAAGUUACUAAGAACUCUUGACUGUAAUACUACAGAAAGAGAUGAUGAAUAUUUGGAUAAGGAGAUUAAAAGAGAAGAAGAGAGAAUUAAACAAAAGAAAAGGAAGAUACAGCAAGAUAGGAAACAAGAUAAGCAACAAGACAAGAAACAAGACAAGAAACAAGAUAAACAGCAAGAUAAGAAACAAGAUAAACAACAAAACAAGAAACAAGAUAAGAAACAAGACAAGAAACAAGAUAAGAAGAUACAAUACAAGAAGCAAAACAAGAAACAAAAAAAUAAAACAAAAUAUUUAGUUAUUUUUUAA